AUGCCAGAUCCUGCAGUUUACCAGAAUGUCUACCGGUCGCAAUAUUCCCAGGAUUUCUCCAUCCGCGUCGAAAAGUCAUACGCUGAUGGCCACAAGUCUCACUCUCUGGCUCAAGAAACCCAAGUACGGGCUUGCAGUCCGCCGCCAGCAUACAACAGAGAUGCAUCCGUCGGCCUGCAGCCUUCGCCUCGCUCGUCGCGUACCUCUAGCUCAGCUGGCCAAAGAGAGACAGACGUGCGUCCAGCGACUUCGACCGGUCAGCUCGCCGACGGAUACAAACUCAUCGCUAUACCCGCCACCUCUAAAAAGCUUGGCUCUCCAUUUCUGAGAGCGUUCCCACCUGCUCUUCAACGCUACGGCAUAUCGCGCGAUUGCUUCAUCCAAUUUAUCGAUCGCCUAAACCGCGCAACAAUCGCCAGCCCUCCCAUUCAGGUCUUGGGCCUGGCUGGCAACAUUGUCAGCUUUGUGCCCCUGCAGACGGCGCAAGUUGUUGGCGGGGCUGUGAAUCUUGCUGCUACGGUAUCUACCGUCGUUGUCUCCAAGGGACGCACUGAAAUGCUUCUCAAAGAGGCUAACAGCACUCUAUUCCGAGCAGCCGGCCUAAAAGUCCAAGUUGCUAAGCUGGAUGUUGUAGCCAAGCUGGGCAACAUCCCCAUCCUUAAUACCGAGGGAAAAGUGGACAAAAAGUCAACUAUAUUGCUGCCUCUUGGGGAGGACCAGGAGCUUCACACCGUAAACGCCCAGGAGCGUCGCGUGCAAGCUCUCUCUCCCUGGCUGUCAGCCCUGGAUGUGGAGUCGCUUCCCGAACUCGACCAGUCCACCAACUUGUUGGGCAAAAUGCACGCCAAGGUCAGCGAGCGCCAACGCCGAAAGGAGGAGAAGAAGAUGAUCAAAGAUCGCCAGAAGAUGCAAAAAGGCUAUGUCCAGGACAUGACCAAGGAAGACGAAGAGUACGAGGAGAAAAUGGAAAAAUACGCUGCCAAAGAGAAUAAGAUUCAAGAAAAGGGGGGCAGGCAUAUGGUGAAACAGUUACGAGAGCUGGAGAAGAAGCGUGGAGAGCUGAAUAAGGAGCAUGACAAGGAGGUUCGCAAAAUCGAAAAGGAUCGCCGCAAGGACGAUAAAGAAGAGGAGAGCAUGAGAAAGAUUUUGUUUCUUGUCAUUCAAAAGAUAUAG